GAUUCAAGGGCAUGAUUGAUCAUGCAAUUGAUUCAAGGGCAUGAUUGAUCAUGCAGAUAAAAAUCUGUUUGAAUAAGUCAAAGUCCAGAUUAAGGGCCCAUUUUUGCCUUUUACCUAGAUAAUCUAAAAAAGAAUUGGUCUAUUCCUGUGGGAGAAAGGGGGAUAAACGGUUUGUCUUGAACUGAAUGUUUAGAUAGUUUGAAGCUGUUGAUGGUGGGAUCCACUGGAGUCUAUACGGACACUGUUCAUCUAGCAGACUCUAAUUGAACAGAAGUUAAACAAACAAAUUUAAUGAAUUUUUUUUUAUAUAACACCUACUCUGAAUCUCAUGUGAAUCCUUCCAUGGCUGCACCUUCUUCGUAAUCUCUGCAAGUCAGCCUCCUUUCAAACUUACUUCGAAAAAAAAAAGCUGACUAUGCCCACGUACGUCACUAAAUUUUAUGUCGGCUCGCUCACUCUGUAUAAAUUAUGAUGAACGGGCUCAUUUUGGAAGAUUAUAUUUGGACGCCUUCAAAUAAACUUAGGCUUUUGCAAUUUUGGUUUCGGAUUUGUGUUGGUGUUUUUUAGGGUUGAAAGAUCGAAAUUCUGUUGAGAAAAUGAUGGCGCUAGUUGCUCGCACAGGAAGGCAUCAACAGCGCUACGACGAAAAGAAAUACCGCCUCGUUGCAGGGUGCAUUCCAUUUAGGUACAAGGUGGCUGCCGAGGGGAAGAAGGCAGUGGAGGUUCUGAUGGUUAGCUCACAGAGUGGCGGGGAGAGGCUUCUCUUUCCAAAGGGUGGCUGGGAGAAUGACGAAUCAGUACAAGAGGCAGCAUGUAGAGAAGCUUUAGAAGAAGCAGGGGUUCGAGGGACCAUCAAGAAACAUUUGGGAUCGUGGGAAUUUAGGAGCAAAAGGUACCAAGAUGAUUGUGGGCAUGAAGGAUUUUGUAGGGCUCAAAUGUUUGCCUUGUUUGUAACUGAAGAACUAGAGUCAUGGCCCGAGAAAAAUAACCGCCAACGCAAAUGGGUUACUAUUACAGAGGCAGCAGAACUAUGUUGCUAUGACUGGAUGCAAGCUGCUCUUCAUAAUUGUGCCUCUUAUACACAAUCAGAAUUGGGUGAUUGUUCUGUUUCUCCAAGACCAUUGUCCCAACAAUCUGACCAAGGACAAAUAUGAUGGUCUACUUUAUUGAUGAUUGUUGAUGGAGACUUUGCUACUCACAGUCGAUGGCCCUUAUACUCUUCCUUCAUCUCUAACAGAAAGUAUGAUCUUCUUAAUCUGAGCUUCAAGAAGUCCAUUGUUUGAGUGAAGCUUCUUAAAGUCAAGGAUUUUUCUACUAACAGAAUUAUCGGCAAUUGUACAUGAUCUGUUUUUCUUUCACUUAGUUAAUUCUUAAUUCAUUUUUUUGGGUCAAAAGAGCAAGGUCUAACGAAAUUCUUUUUGUAAUUGCCAAGUCAGCGAUACUAACAUUGUCAACUUGAAUGGUAUUGAAUAACAGUUGCAUUCAAGUUUAAAGUGCAGUGUAUAUGGAGAUGACUCUUCAUUCCAUUUGUUUGAAUAUUCUUUAUUUCGUUGUAA